AAGUGUAACACACGUGUAAACAGUGGAGAGAGUCACGCUAUGGGGCUGUGAUAUGAUAACUUGAAUGAACAUCUUCACAUUUCAUUACAUAUGUGCAUCGUUUUAGAAUAAAGUGUAAACACUGAAGAAAGUAAAGAUGGAGCAGAACGAACAGAAGAAGGAACAGAAGAAGCACCAGCAGAAGCACAGUGGACCCAAAGCACAAAAGAAAAACAGAAAGAAAGAGAAGGAGUCCGAACAUGAGCAGGAUGCAAGGAAGAGGAACCCAAAAGCAUUUGCCUGUCAGUCAGCUGUGCGAAUGGCAAGAUCCUUCCACAGGACUCAGGACAUUAAAACUAAGAAACAUCACAUUCCUCUGGUAGACCGGACCCCUUUGGAGCCCCCACCUAUUGUUGUAGUUGUGAUGGGACCUCCAAAAGUGGGCAAAAGUACCCUCAUCCGCUGCCUGAUCAAAAACUACACACGGCAUAAGCUUUCUGACAUCUGUGGACCUGUGACUAUAGUAUCCGGAAAGAAACGGCGUGUGACUUUUAUUGAGUGCAACAAUGACAUCAACACCAUGAUUGAUUUGGCUAAGGUUGCUGACUUGGUCCUGAUGCUGAUCGAUGCCAGUUUUGGCUUUGAAAUGGAGACCUUUGAGUUUUUGAACAUUUGUCAAGUUCAUGGCUUUCCUCGUAUCAUGGGUGUCCUCACACAUCUAGACUCCUUUAAGAACAACAAGACGCUUAGAAAAACAAAGAAACGCCUCAAACACAGGUUCUGGACUGAGGUUUACCAGGGAGCCAAGCUGUUCUACUUGUCUGGAAUGGUGUAUGGAGAAUACCAAACACAGGAAAUUAAGAACCUGGGACGCUUCAUCUCAGUCAUCAAGUUUAGGCCUCUCGUCUGGCAAACUUCUCAUCCUUAUGUUGUCGCUGACCGUAUGGAAGAUCUUACAGAUCCAGAGACUCUUAGGUUAAACCCCAAAUGUGACAGAACCGUCUCUCUGUACGGCUACCUACGUGGGACAUUCUUGAAGAAUAAAUGCCAGGUCCACAUUCCUGGCGUGGGGGACUUCUCAGUAGCGGACGUUAGUUUCCUUCCGGACCCCUGCCCUCUACCAGAGACGCUCAAGAAGAGGGCAUUAAAUGAAAAGGAACGGUUGCUGUAUGCCCCCAUGGCCGGAGUCGGGGGACUGGUGUAUGAUAAAGAUGCCGUCUACAUCGACAUGCCCGGUGGGCACGCCAACCAGCAACAGGAGGUGCGGCCUUCCACUGAACUCGUUCAGUCUCUUAUUGGAACACAAGCCACUUUGGAUGCAAAAAUGGCAGCUAGCAAAGUGUCGCUGUUCACGGGGACAGAUGCACUCGCUCCUGAGGAGGUACAGGAAAACAGUGGGAAACAGAGCCCCGUGGAGAGCAGAGAAUGGGAUGCAAAAACUCAGAGAGAGCGGAGAAGAGCUGUCUUUGCUGAUGAAGAUGAGGAGGCAGAUGACGGCGAAAGCAAUGACGAGGAAGAGAGUGAGGAUGAGGGUGAUGAGAAUGAGGAAGAUGAUGAUGAGGACGAUGAAGCAGGCAAACCAACACUGUGUAAGAAAGCAUUAAAUGAGGCAGGACCCCCAGUGAAGCAGCAGAAGAUUGACGAGCUUGUGGCGGAGAUGCCUGCGUUCGCUGAUAGCGAUGAUGAGCUGGAAAAGAGCGAAGAUGAUGAUAGUGAAGAAGAGGAUGAUGAUGACGACACAGAAGAGGAGGAGAAGGCUGCUAAAAGAGGCACAGGUCCAGACUCCGGUCAUUGCUCUGAGGAAGAUGAGGAAGCAGAUUCAGAUAUGGAGGAUGAAGAUAAGACACUAUCAAAGCAUCCAGAAGAAGAGAUGGACUUCGAGGAAGAUGUAGAGAUGGGCUCUGAAACAGCAGGAGCGCUACGAUGGAAGGAAGGUUUGGCCCAGAAGGCAACAGAGGCAUAUUUAAGACAACAACGUGCAGCCCCCAACCUGCGCAAAUUAGUGUACGGCACAGUGGUGGCGGAAGAGGAAGAAGAUUCUAAAGAUGAGGAGGAUGAACUGGGUGGUCUAUUUAAAGUCAGUCGACCAGAGAAGAAUACGAGAGUACGAGCAGAUGCAUUGGACUGUUCUCGCUUUCAGCCAGACAGCAACCAUGACUGGGACCAGGAGGAGAUGCUGGCCUCUAUCAUAGACUGUUUCGUGACUGGAAAAUGGGAAGAGGACAAGGAUGCUGCAACGCUUCUAAAGGAAGAUGAUGACCUCUAUGGAGAUUUUGAAGAUUUGGAAACAGGAGAGGUUCACAAAGCAAAGGCUGGCAAUAAGGACCAAACUGAGGGAGGGAGUGAUGGCGACGAUGAUGACGAAGACGAAGAAGAGGAGGCUCCUCUUGUGAAAUAUGAUGAUGAUGAAAUUCAGAAGAACAAGCGUCUGGAGAAAAAGAGGAAGCUGAAGGAGAGAUUCAAUUCCGAAUAUGACGACGGGGAAGCCACUUACUUCGAUGACCUGAAGGAGGAGUUGCAAAAACAGGCUGAGCUAAACAGACAAGAGUUUGAAGAUGUGGAUGAUGAACUUCGGGUUCAGUAUGAAGGCUUUCGGCCAGGCAUGUAUGUGCGUGUGGAGAUUCCUGCUUUACCCUGCGAGUUCGUCACCAACUUUGACCCCCACUAUCCCAUCAUUCUCGGCGGUUUGGGAGCGAGUGAGGGGAAUGUUGGCUACUUGCAGAUGCGUCUGAAGAAACAUCGCUGGCACAAUCGUAUCCUGAAAACCCGCGACCCUCUCAUCUUGUCUUUGGGCUGGAGGCGCUUUCAGACCAUUCCACUCUUCUACAUCGAGGACCAUAAUGGGCGUCACCGCCUGUUGAAAUACACACCUGAGCACAUGCACUGUGGUGCCACCAUCUGGGGACCCAUAACACCUCAGGGCACAGGCUUCCUGGCUGUUCAGACUGUCGCAGGUACUCGGGCCAAUUUCCGCAUCGCUGCCACUGGAGUCGUUCUGGACCUCGACAAAUCAGUGACCAUUGUGAAGAAGCUCAAACUGAUUGGAUACCCUUAUAAAAUCUUUAAGAACACUUGCUUCGUCCAGGGAAUGUUCAACACUGUCCUGGAGGUAGCCAAGUUCGAGGGCGCGUCCAUUCGCACUGUCAGUGGUAUUAAAGGGCAGAUAAAGAAAGCCUUGCGGACGCCGCUGGGCUCCUAUAGAGCCACGUUUGAAGACAGAUUACUGAUGAGCGAUAUCGUGUUCCUGCGUUCCUGGUAUCCCGUCUCGGUUCCUCAGCUGUACAAUCCAGUGACGUCUCUGCUAAUGCCUGUCGGGCAGAAGGACACAUGGGCCGGUAUGAGAACCCUCGGGCAGCUGAAGCAUGACCUGGGCAUCCAGAACAAACCCAACAAGGAUUCUCUGUACAAGCCGAUCGUGAGGAAAGUUCGACAUUUCAACCCUCUCAACAUUCCCAAGGAGCUGCAGAAAUCCCUCCCCUUCAAAAGCAAACCCAAACAGCAUCUGCCCAAAGGCAAAACCCCGCGAGACCUGCGGAGGCCGGCUGUCAUAAGAGAACCCCAUGAGAAAAAGGUGGCAGCAUUGCUUGACGCUUUAAGCACGGUCUACUCACACAAGAACAAGAAGGCGAAAGCAGAACAUCGUGCCAAGCAUAAAGAAUUCUUGAAGCAGAAAGAGAUCGAGGAGGAGGGGAAGCAGAAGAGACAGAAGGAGGAGAGGAAAAAGAUCUACCGUGCCAUGGGACAGAAGGAGAAGAAGAAACUCAAAUCCAGCCUGAAGGGAGCGUCCAAAGACAACUGAGGCUACCUUAACACAUACCUGAUUUUGUUAAAUAUGGCUCCAGGCCUGUUUGCAAUAUGCCACUUACUGAAUUCUCACACCAGCUGUUCUUUCUAAGCUGGCUGAGGUGUUAAGCUGUUGACAUUGCUGGGUACCUGAAAAUGGGUUUUGGUGAAAACAGAUACAAUUUUCCCAUAAAGAAGAAUCAAGAAACUGCCUGGUUAACUGAUGCUAAAUCUAAAAGGAUUAAAAAAAAACAUUGGUAAUGCAGAUGUUUCCUACUAUGUUUUAUCAGUCACAUGACAUUUGUUUUAUUGCAUUGGUUUUCAAUAAAAAUCAUGUGUCUAUA